CGCGCUAUCGCAGGGUCGCUGCUCAGACCCGCAGUCGAAGAGUCCAGUAUGCCCACUAACCUCGAUACUGUAAGGUCUCCAAGACCGUGUUUUCCUCUUUGUAUAAAUAAAUACUGCAGUCAUGGUGCCCUGGGUGUUCAGCGUUUGUUUUUUGGUGUUCUCAGUGAAAAUAGCAGCGUCUGAAGACCCGCCAUGCAUAAUCGAUCUGGAGUGUCCGGAAUGCAUCCCGGACAACAUGCCGCUGGUGACGUCCCACCGCGCCGUGAACGGCAGCGUGCGGGCCCAGAGCAGAGAUGAGGUGUUGCUGUCUUGCGGCGGGGGCAAGUUCCUCGCGUUCCCGCUGCGGACCACGCUCACGGCUGUGUGCGAGGCGGGCCGCUACCGGCUGCAUCACGACCACACUCUGAGGCAUUUGUUGGAGCUAGGGUGCCAGGAGAGUGUGCUGGAGGAUGUACUGCACCAGGUGGAGCACUGCCCCCCGCCGCUGCAAGGGCGAGCAUACCAGCUGCAGGUGUCGGCGGGUCGCACGCGGCACCUGGCGCUGGUGUGCUUCGACGCGGACCGCGGGCGGGCGGAACGCGCGCGGGCCGGCCGCCUCACGCUGGCGCCGCACAACGACCGCGCCGCGCCCCUCACGCUGCUCGGCAACUUCAACCACAUGUUCGACGCGCGCACGCGCCGCGACGCCGAGCGGCUCUACCGCGACCGCGCCAGCCUCAAUCGGCGUCUCCAAGAGAUCCUCAAACACGACCGCGUCUCUUUAGCCGGCCAGACUUUGACGUCGGCGAGUCUGCUCGCGCCGCACUACUUCAAAGACCAGGAGAUGCGCGCGGCCGACUUCGUCUCCAACGAGGUGGCCGUGUGGCGGAGCGUCGCCGAUGGGAAUCUGAAGCAUCUGAGGGCGGACGUGGCCCGCCUGUUGAGUUUGAACCGGGAGUUGGAAGUGCACGCGGGCACCCACGGCGUCGCGUCGCUGCGAGGGGCGGAUAAUAAACGCGUGGAGUUAUAUCUGAGCGCGGCGCGGCGGUUCCCGGUGCCGCUGUACGUGUGGACCGCGGUCGUCGACCCCGUCAGCCACGCCGGCCUGGCGCUGGUGCUCCUCAACGAUCCGUUCGUGGCCGUCAGCGAGAUCAGGGAGGCGGUGUUCUGCGACAGUAUGUGCGGGCGGGCGGCGUGGCUUCGCGAGUUGCAUCGCAACAGGCACUACGAGGUGCCGCUUUAUGGACUGGUUUUCUGCUGCGAACUGCACAACUUCACGCGCACUGUGCCGGAAUUACCGGCCGCUUUAGUUCAAAGCGUGAGACGCAACGAAGAGGGAAUGCUGCUCGGAGACUUCGCAUAAGUCUUUGAUGACUAGUUUUAGCCAUUAUCGCAAUAGCAUUGAAGAUCGUUAAUAAUAAUCUUUAUUUGUAGUCGAUCAGUACCUGUCCCUUGUGCAAGUGUACUUAGCUGUAAAUACUUUUGGGUAGUAAUAAUAUAACAUAAUGUAAGUGAAGGCGUUUAUUAAAAAAGAUAUACAGAUAUAAGAACUAUUAUUUCCCAGCUCCCUUAAUCCUUUUCGGCGAUUGCAGUUAAGUGUCUGUCG